AUGUGCCAGAAUUCACUAAUUUUCUGGGCAACAAAAAAUUCAGUUGGCAAAAUCGACAUUUUGACACGUAAAGUGUCAGAAUUCAAAAGCAGGCUUAAAACCAUCAGAAAGAUCAAAGCAACAAGAAAUGGAGGUUUAGCUGUUCAAAGGGAGAAAGAUUUAUUGAGCUUGUUCAUAAAUGACAAAGAAAUUCCUCAAAUUUUACAAAAACCGUUGAUUGACUUCUUUUUGGAUGAAAAUUCUGACAGCCAAAGAGGUUUGAUAUCGUUUAUUUUGUCUAACAAUGACAUUUUGGUUUAUCCUUACGAUAAAAACGGUUUUCAAAAACUAACAGGUAAAUUUAAGAUCAACAACAAUGAUGCGAUUCCAAGAUCAUUAUCUAUCAAUAAAAAUGACAUUUGUAUCUCGUUUGACAACGGAACAAUUAUUUUAUUUACUAUUGGACAACAGAAUUCUACAAGAAUUGUUACAACUAUGAAAGAUAUUUACUAUAUACAACACUUAGACUAUCCACAAGGUGUAAACAGAUCUGUGAGUAACGAAUCAAUGAAAUACGAUGAUUCUUCUUGCGAAAAUUUAUCUUCAAUAUCAUUAAACGAUGAUAACAACCAACUUAAUCUUGAUGAACCAACAACAGAUAAUCCAAAUGAAGAAAUAAUCCAAAAUAAACCAAUUUCAAAUGAUUCAAAAAGUGACAAAACUCAAAAUCAUGAUAAAAAUGAAAAAAUUUCUAAAAGUGACACAAAUCAUAAAAGUGACAAAAAUGUUGAAGAAAUUUCUAAUGAUAAAGAUCAAAUUUCUUCGAUGAAUGGAGAUAAAAAUAGAAUAAAUUUGAGAGAAACGAAAAUUAAUCAUGACAAACAAAAUAAAAGAAGUGAAAGAAGAGUAAUUUUAGGAAUAAGUGAAAAGAAUGAAUUGUUUAUUUUGGACAAAAGAGUUAGAAUUUGUCCAAUUCCUGUUUUGAUGGCUUCUCCUUGUGGAUAUGACAAUGAUUCGGUCUUAGCUCUAUGUACAGAUGGUGUUACUAGAUUGAUAAGAUUAAAGGAUUGGCAGCCUUAUUCAAAACUUUCUUCAGGAAUUUCAUUUUUGUCACCUCCAAAAAUUGACAAUUUCAACAGAAACAAAAUUGUCAAUUAUGAAUCCGAGUAUUUGAGAUUUGAUAGUUUCGAAAUAAGGAAUGCAAUGAAGAGUAAUCCUCCUUUAUCAGUAAUGUUGAAAUACUCUUGCGGAUCUAAUACUUUGCAAGUUCCAAAAACUUUAUUGAUUUUAUUAGAAAAAAUUACAAAAUCUUCUCAAAAAAUUGAAAAAAUGAAAUUCAAUGCAAGUUUAUUUAGUGAUGACUUCGAAAAGGCAUCAGAUUACUUGUUAUCAAUUGGACCAAAUAGUAAUGGUUUUGUUAAAAAUGCAGCAUUGAGUGGUUGUUUGGUUUCAUCGAAUUUACAAAAUGAAAAAUUCAUUGCACAUUUGAAAUCAAUUGCUUCUUCUCUUUUCUUGGCAAAUCGUUUUGAAGAUGGCAGCUUAUUCAUGAGAAUAAUUAAAAAUGACUAUGCAGCGGCUGAUUAUUUGAUUGAAGUUGGUCAGCUCGAUAUGGCGAAGAGUUUCAUUUAUUUACUUGGAAAAGAAGAAAAGAAAUCAAUACUUUCCAAGAUGGCUUUGUUCCUUUACAAGAAAGGAGACAAGAAAGAGUCAAUUUGCCUCUUCCUUUCUGCGGAAGAGUUUCAUCCAGCUCUCUGUGUGAUGCAGGAACUAAACAUGGUUUUGGACUCAUAUCACAUCAAGAAAAUUGCUGAAGAAAGAGGUCUAUUGAAACAAACAGAGAACAAGACUCUCAAGCAAAUAAUAAGCUUGUUCGAUUUCGAAACAUUGUGCACGAAAAUAGAUAUGGACUAUACAAACAUUUGCACAAAAUUAGGAAUAAUUUAA